UAUCAUUCAUGUACUUUUCCAGCGAACCAAGCUUCUGUCGAAUGAGACGGACAUCUUGCACCAUGGAUGGAUUCUGCCUUCUCUAUCUGCUCAUGAUUCUCCUGAUGAGAUCUGGUGAUGUUGAAACCAACCCUGGACCAGACAGGAUUGUCAGUGAGGAGGAAUUCAUAAAGCUGUCCAAGUUAAUUAAACCUUACUACUACGAAGACAUGGGCGUUAACCUGGACAUCUCUAUUGCAGAGCUUGAGCAAAUCGAGAAAGAUAGCCGAAAUACCAGAGCUGCAUUGAUAAAAGUGUUCACGCAAUGGAGAGACAAACAGCCUCCAGGCACAGACAUCAGGACUCUUCUUGCAGAGGGAUUAGAAAGAAGCGACUUAGGGUCCCUCUCUGGCGAACUACUCGCUGGCAGUCUAGUCCCUAACAGGACAGGUGAGAAUAAGAAGGAAAUCAUGUCGGCUGCCCGCAAGAAGGCCCUUACUGCCAUUGAUAAUAUAUUGCUCUUGCAGGCAGCCAGCAAACACUGAUUUGACACUUUCUUGUUUGGUACAAAUAGGGUUAUUUAUAGCAGGACAUCCCAGUAGAUGAACAGCCCAUGAGACUGAUACUGCCAGUCUGG